UGUGUAACUCAAAAUGUGCGGCUCCUUUAAUAAGAAUGAUCAGACCAGCUCCGAGAGUCAUGGCGACCACAGCAUCUAAUCGUUACAGUGCCCUCACUUCAAGCUCAUCCAUUGCGCACUCGGAGCCUGGGGGCAUGCAGCAAGCAACAGUGUACAGAGACUCACAGACCUUGUUGCAAAGCGACUACACACUGCAGGGCAAUAGCCACCCGCUCAGCCACGCGCACCAGUGGAUAACAGCACUGUCCCAUGGAGAGGGGGCUCCAUGGCCCUCCAGUCCCCUCAGCGAACAAGACAUAAAGCCCACGGUGCAGAGCGGCAGAGAAGAGAUUCACAACUCUAACAGUUUGCAGCACCAGCAGCGAGCACCUCAUCUGCCGCAAGAGUCACACGGGACACAUCAGGAUGCUGCAGCAUGGAGAACCACAACAGCUGCUCACAUACCGAACAUGUCGACAUCAAACGGGCAGACCCUUAUUUAUUCUCAACCGGAUUUCGGUGCGAAUGGUGUGAAUCCGGGAAGCGGACAUCACACACUCGGAGACACGAACGACGACCAGCACAGCCCACAUCUCAGUGACCAAGGUCUCCAACCUUCGCAUCAGCAACGCCUGGGACACCACGACCAAUCCGACGAGGAUACACCGACUUCGGACGACUUGGAACAGUUUGCUAAGCAAUUUAAACAGCGAAGAAUUAAACUUGGUUUCACGCAGGCGGACGUCGGACUCGCUUUAGGCACUCUAUAUGGAAAUGUUUUCUCCCAGACAACGAUCUGCAGGUUCGAGGCCCUUCAACUCAGCUUUAAAAACAUGUGUAAGCUCAAGCCUUUGUUGAACAAGUGGUUGGAAGAAGCGGACUCUACCUCCGGGAGCCCCACCAGCUUGGACAAGAUCGCUGCACAGGGGAGGAGAAGGAAAAAGCGGACUUCCAUCGAGCUUUGCAAAUAGUGGAAAGAGAAGUGGAAGGCCAAAAAUCACGAAGAGCAUCCCAGAAGCAAGAGAAAUCCCAGUGGUGAGCCUUGAAAGAAGUAAAAGGAGAGUGAGGAGAGACCAGAUGCAUUACUUCUUUACCCAUUUUUUUUCUAAAUUAAAUAGUGAAAGUUGUUCACUAUUUAAUUUGGCCACAUAAGCAAAAUAAAUGAAUGAACAACA